UUUGAUUUUUGACAAUUGUUACUACUCUUAUAUGUACAAUGUAAUUACUGCUUUACAAAUAAUGAAUGUGAAUAUGAACUGCAUAUUUAAAUUUCCAUGUAUAUGACAAACUUAUAUAUGUAUUGAAUUUUAAUUAAUUGCAUUUCAUUUAGGAAAUCAUAUCACCUUUAAACAGACUAUCCUUGAUUCUGCAGAAACAGAACCUAACAUUGUAUAAUGGACAUGCACAGAUCAAAGCAACUACAGAAGUUCUAAAAAUAUGCAAACCAAGUACAGUAACAGACUUAUAGAUGGUGCCUUGACAUGGGGAUCUGUGUUUGAAACAUUCAGGGAUGGCCUUGACAAUAUAAAGCUUGUUAUAGAUGCUCUGCUCAGUCUACCACCAACAAGUGUCAAUAAAGAAACUACAUUCAGCAGAAUCAAACUCAGCAAAGGCAAGAGGCGGGGUCAUUUGAAGACGGACACAUUGAAGGACUUGAUCCAAGUCGAAAUUGAGACUAAUAAUGUUGAGCAGUUUGACCCAAAGCUGGAUGGUAAUUGUUCAUUCAAAAUUAUUUUUUUGUCUGCAUGA